UAAACUGGAAAAAGUUAAAUGUCAAUCAAUUUAUUUACAGUGGAAAGUAAAAGGCGAUGGGUGUGUUGCUUUGUAUUGUAGAUAGAACGAAAUAGUUAUUAGUUAAAACAAAUAUUAGGUAAUAAUCAUUAAAAUUUUAGUGUAAACAUAGUCGUUCGUUGUGUAAAAUAAAUCAGUAAUCGUUUGGCAGUGUUUCGAAGUGGUUGUGUGUGUUGAAUUUGAAUCGAAUUAGACAUAAACAUUCGAGUUAUUUAAUGAGACUUGUUUACGACAAGUAUUCCAUUGUAAAUAUCAAGAAUAAAACAAAGGUUCUGGUUUAAAGUGAUAUGUUUGCUGAAGAUUUGACCAUGUUAUGGACGGAGGUGAGAAGUGUGUCUAAGAACUGUUUGUAAACGGAUCCAGUGCUCAAGUUGUAUUUUGGAGACUGAAUCAUGUCGAGUUCUCCGUGCCAAAAAGGCGGGAUGCGCCUGAGCGAAGCGUUGGAUAACAUGCAACUGGCGUAUAAUCCAAUCACGAAGCAAUUACAUUUCGUGAGCCCUAAAGUGGAGAAACCGCCCGAGCAGACAGUGGAUGAGAUUGAUAAGUUGUCUAAAAAGAGCAGCUUCAGUGAUGAAGGUAACUUUUCAAUAUCAACUUGUGAGAAGAGUGAUACGAGUGACUCUCCGAAGAGCACACUGCAAUGGGGAGGCAGUGUGAGUGGCCACCAGCGUGGGAAAGACGGUGGUUCGUUCUCGAGCACCGUGUCGAGCCUGUCGGAGUGUUCGCUGGGGUCCAGUGCUUCGAGGGAGGAUGAGCUCGGGGACGUGAUCGCUGGUGACAGUGACCAGGCUAAACUGAAGAAGAAAGGACUUUCUAGUUUCUUUAGCAGAGGCGUGUUCCCAUGGAAGAGUAACUCGAAGACCCAAGACUCGCCCACCCAGUCUACCCCCACGGUGACAUGGCGGCUCUUCGGUAGCAAGUCCUCGCAGAACCUGCCUCCGAAGACCCUCAGUGCGGAGACCCAGAAGUCUCUGACGCCGGUGUCGUCAGCAGCGAACACUCCUCAUCAUCAUAAGAGGCAGGGCAGCUCGGCGAGCGAGAAGCAGUUUGAAGAUCUCGUGGCCAGUUCUAUAGCGCUUAUACAGCAUGACAGACCCUCAAACUUGCCAGCCAAAUGCACCGAAGAAGCGUUACGGCAUAAGGCCGAGCACGCACGGAUGGUGGAAGCGGCGAGAAGACGGGUGGAACGCGAGGCAGCCGCGAGACACGCACGAGUGUUGGAGUCACAUCGCAUGGAGGAGAGGCUGGCCAGGCAUGCGCGGGAAUGGACGCAGAACAUACUGCCGGACUGGCAGAACAUGAAGAACGCAAAACGAACUCUAGAGUUAUGGUGGAGCGGGCUCCCUCCCUCAAUCCGCGGCAAAGUCUGGCAACUGGCCAUCGAGAACAAACUGAAGAUCACCCACGACAUGUACCAAGACUACGUCGCCAAGGCCAAGCAGAAACUCCAAGAGGCACAACUAAGACGCAAACGAUUAAAAGUCAAAAGCCAAGACUGCUGCAGCUGCAAAAAAGAACCAGAAAAACCCAAAACGGACGAGAAAAUAUCCAAAUUCGACGAGCUUCUGUCAAAGAACGAUCAAAUCAGCCCGAGUGAGGAGAAACCUCGAUUAAGCAUACCGAGGAAUCUGAGCGAGCAGAAUUUAAAGUCUCGUAGUACGGAGGCGGGACCGAAGAAGUGUUGUUCGAAAUCCAACCCUAACCUGCUUGAUUAUAGUGACGAGUGUUCGAUGGAGCUGAUUCAGCUGGACAUAGCGCGGACUUUCCCCCACCUGUGCAUAUUCCAACCUGGAGGGCCGUAUUUUGAUGUGCUGCAUGAACUGUUGGCUGCGUACGUGUGCUAUAGGCCUGAUAUCGGAUACGUUCAGGGCAUGUCGUUCAUCGCGGCAGUACUGAUCUUGAACAUGGAGGCGCCGGCAGCGUUCGUGUGCUUCGCCAACCUGCUGGACGGGCCCGUGCUACGAGCGGCUUUCGCGCGCGACGGCGGCGCCAUGCAGCGGCUAUGGAAAGCGUACAGCACGCUUCUGGAGCACAAUCUACCCUCACUAGCAGGCGUGGUGGCGCCGGAACUGUAUCUUGUGGAGUGGCUGUAUACAGCCUUCGCUAAGGCCAUGCCGCUGGACGCCGCGUGCCGCGUGUGGGACGUCUUCCUACGGGACGGGGACUGCUUCCUGUUCAAUGCGGCACUAGGCGUCCUCCACCUCUACCAAGAUGAGCUCAAAGACAUGGACUUCAUCGCGGCAGCCCAGUUCCUCACCAAACUCCCCGAAGACCUCGACCCUGAGGCUCUAUUCAAGAGCAUAUCUACAGUGUCUAUGACUCUGGAUGGGAUGACCUUCGAAGAACUCGCCUCAUGCUGCGAGGGCCAGAGUUUGGACGAUGACGUCACGGUGAGGUUAUGAUACAGGAGGAGGAUCGGGGACCUCUGGGACCUGAUUGACGCGCUGUCGUUUAAAGUCGGGUUAUAGUCCAGUCAAUAAAGCAUUAUAGAUGGAAAACUGUAGAACACAAUUUCUGACUUCAGGACUUUAUUUAGACUAGUUAGGAGGUGAACAUAGCAAAAGUCCCCGCCCUUAGCCCUUGAGCCGGCGGGGAGAGGGGGGUUUAAAGGCGCCACUUUUCGGUUUUUCGCUUAAUCCUCGGAAACUAUGCGUCCUAGUGACAUGACUACUUUGAACCAAAAAAAGCUUAUUCAAUUUGCUACAGGUGAGACCGUCAGGUUUUUCUAUAUCUUGUAUAGUUUUUGCGGCUAAAUAAAGUCCCGAGGUCAGAAAUUGUGUUCCACGGAUUUCUCUCUACACCGUCGUUAAGGCAUUCAUUGACUGGACUAUUAUAGUAACGGCUGGUAGAUAAUUUACUUGGUCUAUAUGGGGAUUUGGGAGCUUGACCUAUGGCAUUGUAAAUGGGAACUGGCAGAAUAGGCAGUUAUAGGGCAAAAUCAAAAUCAAAAAUAUUUAUUCAGUUUAAACCACAAGUGGCACUUAUAAACGUCAAAAUAUAGUAAAUAAUAAAAAAGAAAAGGUAGCCCUUAUGGGGCACUUUACAUGUCUCCUUAUCUUUUGGGCCCUACCAGCGCUUCGAGACAAACAUAUGGCAAGUGCUGAGAAGAAACGCCGGAACAAACUCAGUCACCACUAAUUGCCAGGAAUUAUCUAACGGUAAGAAUAACCAAAUUCAAGUAGGUACAUCAAAUUAAUAUGUGCAGACUGAACUGACCACGCAUCCUUGUCAUCAAUAUAGUCUUAAACCUUGUAGUACCCUUGGACAUAAGUGUAUGUGCCAUCCUAGACUGCAUAUCACUUAACCUCAGGGUGAUUGCAUUCUAAAUACCUGCAAACAAAAUAUUUGUGACAGUUUUGAUUUCAAAAUCGCUUCAUGGAGCGAAGUAACUAUAGAUAAUAGAAAUAUACUUAUUUGUGUAGGAAACGCAAUUUGUACAAAUUGUAUAUCAAGUAUUUAAUUUACUGUUCCCUUUUACUGUGCGAGUGUUUUUGAUAAAUCUAUGUAUUUGAUACAUAGAUAACAAACUGACUACGAUUUGGGUAAAUGAAUCGUUCUUACUUUCAAAUUGUAACUUUAUCUUCCCGGCGAUUUUAAAUACAGACCAACAGCCGUUUAGCUUGUUUACAUAAAAGGAGAUGGUCCAUAAUGUAUGGAUCAAAAACCCUGAAUCAAUUGGGACUAAUGGGUAUCAGUAGUUUCAUUAUAAUGCACAAUUUACUAUUAACCCCACUUCUUCUUCUUCUGAUUAAUUUCGUUGCGGGUCCAAUGACAGUUUAACUUUUCCCCCGGGACAAACUUGACCUUCACUGGUUGGGUUUUUGUGGCGGUCAAGCUGUAGAUCCUGGCUACACAGGAGUUGCAGUGGUGGGAACGAGAGGUGGGAAUAGUCCCGUUUUAACCCCACCGAAAACGCAAAGCCGAAAUCAAUAAGGUGAUGUUAUAUGUAUGUGCUUUUGAGCUAUAUGCUGACAAAAGUCUGUAUAUAUGCUCAUAAAUGUAAAUGUAAAGAAACUACUGAUACUGACACCUAUUUACUUCCAAUCGGUUCUGUAGAUUUUAGAUCAACUCGUUUAAAAAUAUUUGACCCCAAUAUAACCUUAAACAACAGUGCGUGAAUCAGAUUCUAGAUGUCAACUACAUUAUAUUGUGUAGUUUUUCUAUACGCUGUGCAUGAUCCUAUUGCUUAGUACCCAUGGUAGUAACACGGGAAAUAUUUUUAUCUAUGGUACUACCACCAUGGGAGUAAGUAGUCCUAAAUUUCCGUGGACUAAAUAGUAGGAACACGGACAGCGCAUAAGUUUGUUGCGUGUGUAUGAAAACAUAUCAUGUUAUGUAGAUUUUAUUUAUAUUAUUAAAAUAUAAUCUUACUGUAUAUAACAUUUCUCUGUGUACCUGUUUAAUAAUUCUGAAUGUAAUCUAAGAUUUUGUAUAUAAUAUUAAUAAAAUAAUUCUUUUAAUAUUGAUAAGUCGCUCACAUACGAAGUCCUACUCUUCAACUAAUGUUUCGAUGCGAAGAAAAAUGAUAUUUUAUUAUUAAUAAUUAUUAUAAAAAAAUGUAUCUAAUAUUCGUGAAUGUCUUAGAAUUAUUUUUAUUUCGCCAUUUCUUAGUCAAUUCAAAUAAUUAAAAUUUAGCCGAUUUCAUUGACCGGAUAUAGCAAUAUCAAAUGUUUAAUUAUAUUGUAUUAUAGCUUGCUCAUAUAAUAUACAAAAAUAAUUAUAUCAUAUUUACUUCUUUAAAUAAGCAAAAGUAUUUAAUCUAUGUAUAUUUGUGUUACAUAGUUUAUAUUGAUUGUCAAUUAAAUAUACUAUAUAAAUACUAUGUGUACUAUAGCUUAAAUAACGGUAUCAACGAGUAGUAUGACCGGCCUAAUAUUUACGAACGAAGUUUCUCGAAAACUAUCUGUAAUUUUAACUUAGACUAGCUAGCUUUUAUUCUAGUUAUGGGCCCGUAUUACGAAACGACACCCAAAUAUUUAGAUUACACUCAAAAUUUGAUUCAAACUUGAGGACUACUAACGUAUUCAAAAGUUUCGAAUGUAUCCAAUAGUAUACAUCUCUCUCACGCAAGGCAAGAUUCAAGCUUGUGUGAUAGGGACAGAUAGAUCCGAAACUACGUAAACGGUGUAAUUAAGCCAUGCUGUGAUUGGUUUAAAACUGAGUGAAAUUGCACUUAUGAUUGAUCUAAAACUGAGUGAAAUUGCACUUAUGAUGGAUCUAAAACUGAGUGAGAUUGCUGUAUAAUUUGUUUUUGAGUAGCUUUGAAAACAAUAAUUAUUUAGUUGAGUGUUGUCUUAAAAAAGUGUUUUGACAGCUCAUAAAAGAUAUACAUUGAUUAGUUUUACAGUCAGUGUCAAAUAUAGUUCGUGACACCCCAAAGUAGCCAAAAAAUUCGUAACACGUCUUUGUUACAAUUGGAAUAAGGUUAUGUUAUUUGUCGCCGACUGUAUCAAGUUCAAUUCAAUCUCAGGUUUGAAUCCAUGCUUGAGUGUAACUCUAUUUCUGAGCGUCAUUUUGUAAUACGGGCCCUAGUUUUGUAAUCUCCGAAGGGUGUUAUAGCGUAUAUCGUUAUCGCGGUGGGUGUACAUCGUAUUUUCGUGGGUGAAGCUUAGUUUAAAUAAUAUCAUUGUUGUUUAAUUGCUUGUCAAUUAUCUGUACAUAUCAUUGCUUUUACGGCUUUACAUGGGAACGAUGCAUGUCUGUAGUCAAUGAGAAUUUCGAUGAGAAAUCGCAUGUAUUCACGAGUAUCAUAUUAUCGUAUCUACGGGGCGAUUGAUAUUUUUAACAGGCCUUGAAUUUACUUGAUCAGAUUCUAAGCUUACCAACCAACUAAAAGUCGGUGGUCUGCUCCUAGGCUACAAAUAAUAAGUUAUACAGUGCAUUUUACGCAAAUCUCGAAAUUAUUAUUUAGUUAUAUUAAAAAAAAAACUUUUUUUUAUUUUACACGCUGCGCAAUGAAAAUAAACAUGAUAUUGAAAAUGGUGAAUCAUUUUUAAUAUUAAUUUACAGACUAUCAUAAUUUUUACAUUAUAAUUUAUUAUUUAACAAUCAGGGUGCCUUUGCAUAUUUUCGUGUACAUUGCAUUUGUAGGUAGGUAUUGGAUAUUAAUUUUUUAUUUUAUUAGCAGCUGAUUAUUCUUUUACAAAGACCGCCCCGUUUUCGUGUAUUGCCAAAGUACAGGUUUUUCAGCAAUACAAAAGUACUGACGAUGCCACGUCAAACACCUUAGCACCUUUUUGGUUUCAGUAGGUGAUGUUUGCAACAAUAAUGUUUGUAUACCUAUACAUUUUUAUUGCAAAAUAACACCUAUGCUAACUACAUAAAACAGUGUUUAGUUUGAUGUGGGAUCGUCCGUACACACCUACUACGACACAAGCAAUUAAUCUUUGUAUAUCUUUGACCCAUGAGCCAUCAUAGGAAAUAAGCGUUGGCACUAAAUAUAAGGUUUAUAUGAUUAACAGCUUUAAAUUAUUUUAGCGUAUCUUGCCACGCUUUACGUUGAAUUAUAGAUAGAUAAAUGUAAAUAUUAUCACUUUUUAAUUUGUCACUUUCUAUUAUAUUUUAUCUUUAUAGAGUUUUACAUAUUAUUGUGUUAUUUUGGGAAUGUUUUAAACUUUUUGCAGUGUUUUGUUUUUCGAACAUUAUGAAAAAAGUGGUAAAACACUGUAUUUAUUUACAUUACAACUUUUUUAGAACGGGGUUUAUAUUUUUUUCGUUACUUGCCUCUCGAUUUAUAAACUAAAAUAUUUAAUCUGUCUAUAAGAUAUUAAAUCAAAAUCCAAUUUUUAAAACUUUCUAAAACCAAGUUUUCAAUAAUAUAAUGUUUCAAACGUAAACUGAAAUUUUCAAUAAAUUGUGUAGAUUAAUACAGUUUUUAAGAUCUAGAUUAAUAUAAUUGUAAUAAAUAAUAAAUACAAUAUUGCAGUUGUGAUGUGGACUGAUAUUACUAAUUAUAAACAAAUGCCAUCUCAAAUUGUAGCGUAAGUUUUCUCAAUGUAAAUAAUAUGAAUCGUCUUAGAACUGAAUUUGGCCCCAAAUAAGAAUGUUUGUAAUUUAAUUGUGGAAUAAAAUAUGAUUAAAUGAA